UCUAGAUCUACACUUCCGCCGGCAGAGGGUGCCCAGCGGUGCCCACCAUGAUGUGCUUCCAUGGAGGGACAGAUCAGCUCCGAAGAUCACUUCACACAGUUCACCUACACCUCCCCACCACAGAAGAUUGCCUGCGGCAUCAACCACAGUAUUUGUGUCUCCAAUUUGUCUACUCCAUCCUCGUACAUCACCGACCACACGGCGCCUCCUGUCUUCGGAUGGGGUCGCAACGUCUACAACAUUUGUGGCUUCGGGGAACAGGUCCACCAAGCCAGCAUCCCAACGAGAAUUGAGUGCCACGACUUUGCCAAAGGCUCCGGGAUUUAUGAGGUCUCCUGCGGGAACAACCACAGUCUUUUCCUGCGGAAGCACCGCCACAGUCCGGGAGGCGAUGUGUUAGGCUUGGGUCUUGGGAACCGUGGCCGGCAGGGCUCCCCGAACCCCAAUGCUGACGAUGAUGAUACGCCUGAGGUGGAGGACAUUUGGUUUGUGGAAAGCCCCACAAAGGUUCCGAUCACCGAUGUUCCCAUUGCCCGGGUGGUUUGCGGAGCUGAUCAUAGCCUUGCACUGGACUUGAAUGGUAUCCUUUAUGCUUGGGGGAUGAACAACGAUGGUCAAUGCGGAGUUGGGCGGCGAAGCGACGUGCUAGUUCCUGAACGAGUUGUUUUGCCACAGCAGAAAAGCGGGCAGGUGCUAGUGGCCCACAUGGCAGGCGGAGGUAGGCAUUCCAUGCUGGUGACCGCCAAGGACGGCAGCAUGGGAAGCACCUCCGGUGGCAAGGUCUAUGUAUGGGGCUGCAACUCAGAUGGACGCCUAGGCUUGGGCCAUGACCGGAACGAGCUGGUCCCGGUCUUGGUGGAAUCAGUCCAAAAUACCAAGAUGUCCUUGGUGGCUGCUGGGGAAGUUCACAGUGGUGCAGUGGACGUCAAAGGAUCUUUGUACAUGUGGGGUCUCGGCGCUUAUGGCCGCUUGGGCUUGGGAGAGGUGAUGGAUGUGCCACUGCCAAGGAGGAUACAGAUUCCGGAUGAGGCUCCGGUCUCCCAACUGGCUUUGGGGAUUUUCCACAGCGUCGCUUUAGCGGGAAACCGAAUCCAAUCUGUCUAUACCUGGGGCUAUGGCGAAGCCUUAGGGAACCAGGUUGGCGGUGGGAUUUCCUUAUCUCCCCGUGUUGUCUCCUUCGGUGACGACACCAAAACACAGGUGCUCCAGAUUGCUGCUGGGCCGUACCACACUUUGGUGUUGAUGGAAAAUGGGGAGCUCAUGACCUUUGGUUCUGGGGCCAGCGGAAGGCUAGGAACAGGCAAUAGCAAAAACCAUAAGUUGCCCGUGAGCCUCGGAUCGCACGGCUUUGCCACGAAGCUGAAGCAAGUCUCGGAAGAAGGGGAGAAGGCUCCGACGCAAAAGAGGAGCUUGGAACAUCCCUCAGAGAGAUCCUUGAAACGCUCGCCCGCUGGCACCAGCGCGCCGGGCGGCGGUCGGCAGAGCUGGGAGAUUGCACGCUUAGAAUGUGGUGACAUGUUCACCUGUGCCGUGACAUGGCACGGGGCCCUUUACACUUGGGGUUGUGGUGCCCGUGGACAGUUGGGCACAGGCUCGCUUCAGGACAGUUGGGUACCAAAGGUGGUCCGAAUGCCUUCUGGGCGUUUGGUGAAGUCAAUUGGUUGUGGUCGUGAUCACUGUAUUGCGGUGACCUACGACGGGAAUGCCUAUGCUUGGGGGAAAGGUGACAAGGGCCAGCUGGGCGUGGGCCGAAAUGAAGACACUGCCACGCCCAAAGCAGUGCAUAUCCACAACGUUCUUUCCUGCGCUGCGGGUGAGGACCACAGCGGCGCGAUUUGCAGAGGAGAAGAGGACAACGAGCUGUGGAUGUGGGGCGCCACAGAGCUGGGCAAGUUGGGCCUGGGCGAAGCACAGCUCACCUCGGCGGACAGUGUGCCGGUGGCCAUCCGGUCCUUAGCGAAGAGCGAGAACUCCUACAAGGUGCCAAUCUCUUUGAGUUGUGGACAGUACCACACGGCAGUGAUUUGUGCUCGUGAGAAGGAUGACGAGAGCGACCGUGUAGCUGGGCGGGUCUGGACGUUUGGCGCUGGUUGGUUUGGACGCCUUGGCCACAACAACAUGGAGAACCAGUACGAGCCCAAAAUGGUCAGCAGUCUCGUGACCAGCAUCCAGUCUGUACAUUGUGGAGCCUACCACACCUGUGCUCUGAGCUAUGAGAGAGGCAUGAUGAAUGACAACGGAGAGCUGACCGGCGAUCUAUGGGUUUGGGGUCGCAAUCGAUGUAUUUGCGAACAUGAGCAUGCCAAGGUGCCGACAAAAUUCAUGCAGAUUGAUGGCCAACCAAAGGUGACAUGUGUUGCAACUUCAGACAUGACCACCAUGCUGGUGACUGCAGCAGGACUCGUCUAUGCCUGGGGGGACAACCGCCAUGGUCAGAUCGGCUUGGAAGGUGGGAAGAAGGAGUCGCCUCAGCCCGAGAUCAUCCGGAAUCUCCCACAGCCCCCAAUCUUGAUGUCGGCCGGGCCAGCGCACAUGGUGGUCUACGCCAGGAACAAGGCCAUGAUGGCAUGGGGCAACCAGAGCUGUGGACGCCUAGGAUUGCAGGAGAAGCGGAUGGAGAAGGUGAUCUUCAAACCUUGCCUGGUGCGUGCAGAAUGGGGCUCCAUUGAAGCCAUGAGUGGCGCAGAUCAAGACGAAGAGGAAGCCAGUGAAGCCCAGAAGGUUACUGCUGCAGCACUGGCUACCAUCGGAGAGGCUGCUGGGGAAGAUGUAGCUGAUGAAGAGGGCUUCUCUUCAGAUGGCCAAGUGGAUCAGGACAGCGAGGAGGAAGACAAGACAAAAGAGAACAUGCUGCAUGCCAUCACUUCAGGCCAGAAGGUGCAACGCUUUUCGACGAUGCAGAUGAUGCUGAAAGAAGAACCCGAAAGCAACAAGAUCAGCAGCCUGCACAAGCAUGAGAAGGAGUUGAAGAAGAUGGUGGAGAGCAGCGUGCACAGCCUUGCAUUGGUGCCCGAGAAAGAACGAAGGUUGGAGAUCCUUCAGGACAGAGUCGAAAAAGGAAUCGUACAUCUCAACUCCAUCCUGCAUGGCCCAGUGCUUAAGCAUUCGGAGGAGGAUCGCUUAGACAACGAAAUCCAGUCCAAGCUCUCCACUUACGAGGAGCUCUUCCAGGUCUUGCAAGUGCAGGUCUCCUACUUGGCCACUUUGUCUAUGACCAUCAAGGACGAAGCCAACGCGGAGGUCUUUGUCAAUGUGGUCUGUGCAAUUUUUGCUGAUCUUCGUGACAGCAGGAUCAGAAACUUGUUCAUCCUGCUGCUGCAGCUGAUGACUUCCAAAGAGUUGGAGCAAGCAAAGAAUGUAGAUGACGUCUUCCAACCAAGCAGCCGCGUCUUUCGCCUGUUUUCUUUCUUUGCGCUGCAUCGGGUUCACUUCGAGGAGGUCGUGCAUCCGUUUAUGGACUGCCACAAAGUGGAUGAGCAGGGUCAACCCUUGACGCUGAUGGGUGCGGUGACGUACAAGACGUUAGAAAAGGCGCAAACCUGGGCAUUGGAGUUCAAUCGGUACCUGGAAUCACCCAGCAUUGCUGCGAAGCUCAAGGAGCAAGCGCCGCAGGAGUUGCGCGCAGACUUCCAAAAGGAGCUGGACGCCUUUUACGAUUUUUUCAAAGUCGAGGUGGUCUCGGCUAUCAGAAGAGUGGCCUUGGCACCAAGCUUUUGGUCCUUCUUUGCUUUCUGUCGGGAAAGCAUCAAGGAAUGCCAGCUGGUUGGCGUCGAGGAUGAUGAAGCCGGCACUGAGGUGGAGCUGAAGAUUGUAGAGCCUUUGUUCCGUCUUUUCGUGAAUGGCAUCAUCCUCCCGAUUCUACGUGCUCCAAAGAAGUAUGGUGGCCGGGAGGUGGGCCUCCGACGCUGCGAGAAGAACAACUUUGACGGUGAUGUCAUAUUCAAUGUUUGUACGGUGCUGGAUGCUUUCGAAGAUAUGACAAACAAGGUGAGCUCAAAGCGCUUGAACAAGAUUGGCAGCCGACUGCGCCCCGAGAUCCUGAGAUUCCUUCUGGAUCGAAUCAGUCCUGACUCCACGAGCACCGAUGACCCAGACACCACGGUGACGGUGCAAACCUUUGUAUCUCACUACGACCGCACACCUCGAAGUGUCUACGUGCCACCGUCGCAGCUCAUCCUGUUUCAGAACUUGGUCCUGCACAAUGUCAACAAGAUCAGGGUGCAAUCUGGAGAUUUGCUUGACCAGGCUUGCAGGAAGAUUGGAUGGUGGUCGGAGCAAUUUGUGAAGGAAGCAAUGGAAAGAGCAGAGAAGAAUACUGAGGUCUUGUACCGCUUGACCCUGCAACAUCGCUUCUUUUUCACAGAGGGUUCGCUCUCGAUCUGCCCAGCUUCCAAGUGCACGGUGCCUUUGUCUCUUAGCUCUGCGGCAGGGUCUGAAGCACUCCAACGCAGCGAGGUGGCCCUGGCCCAGAACGUUGAUGUGAUUCGAUUCCUAAAGGAGGACAAUCCGAACAAGGUCCUGGAAGACUUGUUCCGAAAUUUGCCACCUUUGAAGAGUUCCAACUUUCUGGACUUGAAGGAGGAGUUGGAGGGGAUCUUGAAGGUCUGCGCCAACGAAGCUUUGGCCGAGAAGCUGAGCGAGGGUAUUCAAGCAGUGGCGGACUUCAUUGAGACUGAAACAAGUCCAGAGGAAGUCUUGCAUGCCAUGGCUUCUGUGAUCCUCACACGCAACCGACACAGUCGAUAUCUUCAUUCCAUGCUGGCUGGCUUCUCCCGGCUCCCCACGGAAGAGCAACGCCACGCUAGGGAGAUCCGCAGUGCUGAGCUGGAGCUGAAAGCCCUGGUCGAGCAUUCAAAGACAAUGCUGCUGCCCGAACGGAUCACUGAGAGGGCCAAGUUGGAGUCGGCCAUCCUGAAAGGAAGUGACUUGAACUUCCUCAUCAAGAAGCAAGCUGCUCGUGUCAAAACCAAGACCAAGAAGAAGGUUGUCAGAUACAAUCUGGAGCAGUUGCUCUCAUCUGAGAAGGUAUUGGAGUGCUACAGCCUGUUGGACACUGUGCAAGGGAAAGUCUACGUGACCUUUUGGUCUGAUGAUGCAGAUAUUAUGGUUCAUGUGGGCCUCCUGGAAGAAUCAGAUGCUAGGUUGGAGUUUGUGAAGCAGUUCAUCAUCCCGGAAGAUGUGGUCAAGUACUUGAGUCGCUGAAGUUUUCGCUUUUGGAGGGACAACUAUGUGAGCGUAGUAGUUUCCAAGAGAAGCUUCCUCAGAUUUCAGACCGGUCUUUGGGGACCUUCCAAUUGGGAAAGAAGAUGAGUAACGACCGUGGCUGCCUUUGGACCUUUGCUUCACGGAGGACAAUUGAGAGUUAUUUAUAUAUAUAUAUAUAUUUAAUAGUUUGGAAAAAUAUCACGAAAGCCAGCCGGUAGGCAGGGCUUGAGGUUGUUGGAGCGAACGAAGUGAGUAAAGGGG